AUGGAAAAUUUAAAAAACAAAUUAUUAAGGGAGGCCAAAGCACUAAAGACUACAAAAAAAAUUUUGUUUUUUAUUCCUGUUUCAUCUCCUGAUUACGAAUCAUCGGCAGAAAAAUUUAGAGAAGUGGCACAAAUGUGCCACGACAAGCAAGAAAAAAUAAAUUAUCUUCUUGAAGCAACAAAAUCAUACCUUAUGAAUCCUGUAGAGUACAACAGAUACAAUACAUAUUUGAUUUAUUUGGACAUAGCAGAAAUAUAUGGUGAAGGACAUGAAGCUAUUAACUUCUAUAUAAAAAGCGGUGAUAUGGCACUAUCAUGUGAUAAAAAGAGUUUGGCGGCCAGGUCAUACGAGAAGGCCAGUGAUUUAAGUGAUGAUAUUAAUAAAAAGAUUGAAUUAAUGUCUAAAAUAGUGGAAUGUUAUGAUUCUAAAAGUUGGGAAAAUCACAGGAUUCAUGCUUUAAAGCAAUUGGCAUUUACGUUGUUCAAAAAUGGGGAAUACGAAAAGGCAGCACAAAAUUUUUUGUUAAUAAAAAGUAGUAUUUAUAAUUUGUGUGCAGGAAUAUGUUAUUAUUUAGUGGGUGUGGAUACAGAUCUAGAGGUUUCUAAUGAACAUAUAGAAGUUUAUGAAGCAUUAUCAAAAGGACCAGAGGAAUUAAGAAAGAGCAUAGAACAUUAUUUAGAUAAUUAUGCAGUAGAAAAAGAAGUAAGAAAAAUAAUGGAGACAGUUGUAGAAAAAAUGAGACCUGAAAAUGAUAUUUUAUAA